ACUCUCUCCACUCGGUAGUAUAAUAGCAGAAGUGACUCCGGCAGUGAGAUCAUAUCAGACAGACGGCUUGUAACAAUCUUAAAGAACAAUUACAGGACAAUCUCUCGGAAUCUAUUCAUUGACUGAAGAAAACUUGGAUCUACAUUUCUACCUUUGCACAUAUAUUUAAACUUGAUUUAAAGUCAUCAUGUCUCAGCAGCAGAUCAGCCUCCCCGCCAAGCUCAUUAACGGCGGUAUAGCGGGCAUUGUUGGCGUAACCUGUGUCUUCCCUAUUGACUUGGCCAAGACCAGGUUACAGAAUCAGAGACACGGCCAGCAGGUCUACAAGAGCAUGAUGGACUGCCUUGUGAAGACAGUCCGAUCAGAGGGCUACUUUGGAAUGUACAGAGGUGCUGCUGUUAAUUUGACCCUGGUCACCCCAGAGAAGGCAAUCAAGCUUGCUGCUAACGACUUCUUCAGGCAACACCUUGCUAAGAAUGGAAAGGGACUGACAGUGUUCAAAGAGAUGCUGGCAGGUUGUGGUGCAGGCAUGUGCCAGGUCAUUGUAACCACCCCAAUGGAAAUGCUCAAGAUACAGUUACAAGAUGCAGGCAGACUUGCGGCCCAGAAGCAAAAACCAGUCAUGAUGUCUCCCACGAAGCUGGUGGUCACCAACACCAUGCUCAGUCGCUCAUAUAUCUCUGGCACGGUGGUCUCAGCACCACGAGCUGUGUCAGCCACUCAGAUAGCUAAAGAACUACUCCACACACAGGGCAUCCAGGGGCUCUACAAAGGUCUAGGAGCAACACUGAUGAGGGAUGUUCCUUUUUCUAUACUGUACUUCCCCUUGUUUGCAAACCUGAACCUCCUCGGCAAACCGAGUCCUGAGGAAGCAUCUCCCUUCUAUUGGGCUUUCCUCUCAGGCUGUGUGGCCGGAUCUACUGCUGCUGUGGCUGUUAACCCCUGUGAUGUGGUGAAGACCAGACUGCAGUCAAUGAACAAAGGGUCCACUGAGGAAAGUUACAAUGGAAUCCUGGAUUGUGUGAGUAAAAUCAUGAGGAAGGAGGGACCCUCUGCCUUCCUGAAGGGUGCCGGCUGUCGAGCUCUCGUCAUAGCUCCUCUGUUCGGCAUUGCACAGGUUAUGUACUUUGUUGGCAUUGGCGAGUACAUCAUUGACAACUCGCCUCUAAGGCUCCUGUCGCCGUGAUCAUCAACGCUUUAUCUGGAUAUGAGCAGGACCUCUUAAGAGCGAAGGUGGUUGGAAAAACUGGCAGCUACAUACACCAGUUUACAGCAAACAAAUAUAGUCUUGUCUGAUGAGGUCAGAAAGGCUUCAGGGUGUGAAGACCUACAGUUUCAUCUCUGUACGGUCCGACAGUUGUGUUGCACUUGAAAACUUUGUGACUUAUCCAGUAGGCCGUGGCCCACGUUUGCACUUUAAGCGGUUUAAGACUUAAUGAGAUGUGGGGUCCAGAGUUGCAGUUUUAUUCUUUCUCUAUCCCUGAAACAGCCCUGCUGUGUUUCCCUCUGUGAGGGAGGGGAGCUCACUCCAUCAAAGACAGACCUUAAUCUGUGAUUACAUCAUUUUUUUUAAAUGUGAAUGCUAGUUUAUUUUCAGAUUGCUGAAAUACAGCAGCUUGCAGUACUCUUGUUAGUAAGUUUUUUUCUUCUUUGCCUUACAUUUAUGUGACUUCACAUGGGGGACACUCCUGGCAACAUUACAGCAAUAACUUAGUAUACAUAUUAAAUCUGACUGACCAUGAACCUUCGUACUGAUUAGGGACCACAUACAUUUGCCAAACCAUCAGCAGUGUCAGCAAUGCUCCAGCAGAUACUUGAUAUUAACUCUACAGUUGUUAACUGGUCUGUGAACUUCAGUCUGUGUGUGUUGUGAUCUGCAAAGACUGAAUAUGCAUUCAUGCUCAUUAUACAUUUAUAUAUAAACUUAUGCACGACCUCUGUUUAGCCAUAAACAGACAACAAAAAUAUUCUUGGUUUAUUCCUUCAGAAGAGCAGAUUGACAUUUGUCUUUGGCAUUGUGCCCACAAAGCAUUAUUACUGUGACUGAACAUGUGAAAGAUAACUGUUACAAAACGUUGUAUUUGUCAUGGCUUUUUGUACACACGAUAUAUAUAUAUAUAUAUAUAUGUAUAUGCAUUAAAAACUUGCAGAAAGUUAA